AUGCAUGCGCCUGAGCAGCAGCAGCAGCAGCAGCAGCAACAGCAGCAACAGCAGCAGCAGCAGAAGGAGAAGGGGAGAGGCAGGUUUAGAUGUAUUGACAGCAAUAAUAAAAAGGAAGAUAUAAUAAAAAAUACAUCAGCAGCAGCAGCAGCAGCAGCAACAGCAGCAGCAGCAACAGCAACAGCAGCACCAACAACAGCAACAGCAGCAUCACCACCACCGCCAGCAGCAGCAGCAGCACCACCACCACCACCACCAUCAGCAGCACCAUCACCAUCAGCAGCAGCAGCACCACCACCAUCAGCAGCACCACCACCAUCAGCAGCAGCACCACCACCUCCAUCAGCAGCAGCAGCAGCAGCAGCAGCAGCAGCAGCAGCAGCAGCAGCAUACCUGUACUUGGAGUCCUCUGACUCUGAGUUGUCCGUCUUCGUUCGGCCCCAACCGCUUACGGCUCAGGGGGGGCCCCACCACCUUGUAUACACAGCAGCAGCAGCAGCAGCAGCAGCAGCAACAGCAGCAGCAGCAGAAGCAGAUAAAGAUGCAGUAGCAGCGGAAGCAGUAGCGGCAGAAACAGAUGCAGCAGCAGCAGCAGAAGGAGAAGAAGCAGCAGAAGCAGCAGCAGCAGCAGCAGCAGCAGCAGCAGAUGCAGCAGCAGCAGCAGAUGCAGCAGCAGCAGCAGAUGCAGCAGCAGCAGCAGAUGCAGCAGCAGGAGCAGAUGCAGCAGCAGGAGACAGAAGGAGACAGAGUGCAGAUACCCUGGGACUACUGCUGCAGCUACAGCACAGCCAGCAGCAGCAGCAGCAGCAGCAGCAGCAACACUAG